UAGGCGCCUUGUGUAGUAAAAGCGUCAGUCGUUCAGCGAGUCUUGGAUACGAUGGCUGCUCCGCUUUUGGUUCCCGCAGCUCAGUCGAUCCCGGCUCCUCCUCCAUUGAUAGUCGUGUCGAUGGACAGUGUCGACGACGGUAUCAUCCAAGAAGAAGAAACGGUGAACGAUGCCCUGCUACCCAAAACGUUGAAUGUCGUUGCAAUUCCGCCCACUAAUGUGGCCGAUGGCGGAUGUGCAGCCAGUAAUUCAUCGCCCAACAGCCAUCCUCCUGUAGCUCGUCGCUGGUGGGACGGAUGGUUGCGGACGGAUCCACCAGAAGCGAUCAGUGAUGUGACGCAACAAAACGGGCCCAAAAAUCACAGUAAAAAGAGAAGCAAGAAAAAAUCAUCCGAAGUUCGAGUUGUUAAUCAUCAAAACAAUUACGUGGCUGUGACGCUAUCGGAAAACGAUCCGGCAGCGGCAACAGCCGAGCCGUGUCCAUCACCUACAUCGUCGUCACAGCAGCCAAGAAGAAGAAUAUGCUGGUGGUUCCUCUUUUUGCUGUUACUCGUUACCGUGGCUUGCCUUGCUUUUGUCGCAGUUUCACUCGUCUCUUUACUCCGCAACGGACAAGGUCCAUUGACAACUGAUCCGACGGUUUGCUUCACAGAGGAAUGCGUCCGUACAGCCGCCUCGUUAUUAUUGGCCAUGAACCGGUCGGCCGACCCGUGCCAGGAUUUCUUCCAAUUUGCCUGUGGCACGUGGAAUAAGAAGCACCUGAUCCCGGAGGAUCGAUCCAGUAUUAGCACUUUUGAAGUCCUAUCUGACCAGCUGCAAAUCAUCCUGAAAGAUUUACUUCAGGAGGAGACGAUCCCCGAGGACAACGAGACUACCAUCAAAGCCAAAUUAUUCUACAGUUCGUGCAUGAACACAAGUCAUAUCAGAUCGACAGGCGAUACCGUCCUCCGCGAAACGCUGCGAUCCCUGGGCGGAUGGCCCGUCCUCGACAUGGGCUGGUCCACCGGUCAAGGUGCCAGUUUAGAAUCGGUGGAAAAUCUGCUCGGUCGACUUAGAGGGGACCUCAACCAAGGAGUCUUGAUCGAACAAUGGGUCGGUCCCGACGAUAAGAACUCAUCCGUCAACAUUAUCCAGCUCGACCAAAUGCAAUUAGGCCUACCCGGUCGCGAUUAUUACCUGAAAUCCAGCAGCGCUCGCGACUUGAAAGCCUAUCAUCGCUACAUGACCGAAGUGGCCGUCUUGCUGGGCGCCGAUAAACGCUACGCAUCGGAUGAAAUGAAAAAAGUCCUCCAUUUCGAGACUCUUCUGGCCAACAUUUCCACUCCGGAAGCGGACCGGCAAGACACGGGAGCCAUCUACGAUCAGCUGACUUUAGUCGAGCUGGAACGUCGCGUUCCAGAGAUUCGUUGGCGUGAAUAUUUGAACGCUUUCCUUCCCAAUUUAACAGUCGAAGAUUCGGAACCGAUUGUCAGCUACGCUAUGAGUUAUUUCGAAGAACUGGGCAAACUUCUAAUGCGGACGGAGCGUCGCAUCGUUCAAAACUACGCUCUUUGGCGUCUGAUCAUGGAACUGGUACCUCACCUGUCUGAUGAUUACCUGGAGAAGAGGGCCGAAUUCCGGCGGGUGCUGACCGGUGUUUUGAGCGAGCGCAACCGUUGGAACCAAUGCGUCGACUGGACCAAUAAGAAACUGGGCAUGGCCGUCGGCGCCAUGUUCAUUCGCGACAACUUCAACCAGGAAAGUAAAGCUGUGGCCCUAGAGAUGAUUCACACUCUUCGAGAGGCUUUCAUUGACAUUCUGGACGAGAUUGAGUGGAUGGACGGCGACACUCGUCAAGUUGCCCGUCAGAAAGCCCUGGCCAUGAACGAGCGCAUCGGUUAUCCGGAGCUGCUGACCAAAGCGGACGCCCUAGAUGAAGAGUACGCUUCUCUCAAUGUCAGCGACGGACAUUUCCAAAACAUUCUCAGUGUCAAGCGCUACGAAGCCCAGUAUAACCUGCACAAACUGCGCCAGACCGUUUCCAAAGAUAAAUGGUCAACAGAGCCGGCCGUCGUCAACGCCUUCUACAAUCCAAACAUGAACGACAUCGUCUUCCCGGCCGGAAUUUUGCAACCUCUUUUCUACAGCAGCCAAUUCCCGAAGUCUCUCAACUAUGGCGGGAUCGGCGUGGUGAUCGGUCACGAAAUCACGCACGGAUUCGACGACAAAGGCCGGCAAUUCGACAAAGACGGGAACCUGAAGCAGUGGUGGAAUAAUGCAACGGUGCAGGCCUUCCGGCAGCGCACUCAGUGCAUUAUCGACCAAUACUCAAACUAUAAACUAGAUGAUGUCGGACUUCACAUUAACGGGCGGAUGACACAAGGAGAAAACAUCGCUGAUAACGGUGGCCUCAAGCAAGCCUAUCGAGCGUAUCGCAAAUGGGUCGGACGUCAUGGCGAAGAGCCUCUGCUACCAGGUCUGAAUCUGAGCCACGAUCAGCUCUUCUUUCUCAACUACGCCCAGAUUUGGUGUGGCACUAUGAGGCCGGAAGAUGCUUUGACCAAAAUCCGAUCAUCGGUACACUCACCGGGGCCCAUACGGGUCCUCGGUCCGUUAUCCAACUCGCCCGAGUUCGCUAAAGCCUAUCAGUGUCCACUCGGCUCUCCGAUGAAUCCGCAUCAUAAAUGUUCCGUAUGGUGAACAUUUUUGGGUUCGUUUUUAUUAUUAUUAUUUUCUUAAUCCGCACACAGUGUCCUCUAUUCUUCUUUUAUUUGUCUCUUGAUUUUUUUUUUGAUUUUUUUCCACCGAAAUCGUUUUGGUGAAAGUUCGAGGGGGAAACAAGAACAAAUUAACAACAAGAAAAAAGAAUAUUUUAUACAGGCUCGACGUAGAAUGCGAACCCAAUGAAUUUUUUUCAGAAAUUAUUUUUGUACAUAGAAGUGAUAGCGGAUACAUUUUUUGUUUAUUGGAGGAAAAAACAAAACGGGGAGGAAAUGAAGUAAUGUGAAUUUUCUAGCUACGCCAUUUCUUAGCACCAAAAAAAAAAGAAAUUAACAAACGUCCCUUUUUCCUCCGUAAUAUUUGGCAAUGGCGUGCGAACUUUGCUUUCACAGGACCCACUAAAAGUGCCGUACGUCUCUCUUUUCCUGUUCUUAUUAUGUAUUCUUUAUGACAAUGUUGUGACUCUUUCUUUUGCAAAACCAAAAAAAAACAACAAAAAACUAAUCAAGAAAAAAAGAUUAUUCACACACAAUUGAGAAGAAAGGAAAUGAGAUUUGCCCUCCAACCCUUUUUUAUUCUAUCAUAUGUUCACGUACCGACACACAAUUCGUCCAAUUUUUUAUAACUCAAAUAAUAAUUCAAAAAAAAUUGAAAAAAAAAUUCUAUAUAAGAAGUUAAUAACCAAACCUUUCGGCAAGUAUGUAUAACAAUACACGUCGCGUUGUUUAUUAUUUCAUCACAUAUCUGACAAACACACUCGGCUCUUUUGCUCGCUUUGCCUCUCGGUAAGGAUAAUAUGAAAAUAUUCACAGACGUACACAAAUACAUUUCUAAAAAAACAUUUCCAGCCUCUAGCAGAAACAAAUUAUAGCUUUACAGUGUAUAUAGCG